CCAAAUGCUGUCAUGAAAUAAUUGUUUUUCGAUUUAUUAUUUGAAAAAAAAAUGAUGACGAUGACAAUGAAAUCGAAUUCAAUAUUAUUAUUAUUUUGUGUGGCAAUUUUGGCCACUAUUUUGACCUGUUCAUCAUCACCAUGUCAUCGAAUCAGCCAGAAAGAUAGAGAAUUAAUUCAAACAAUGCUACCACCGGAUAAUGGUCAACAAUUCCUGGAGAUUUAUGAAGAAAACUAUGAUAUUCUUGCUGGAUUAGAUAUUAAUUCGAUUUUUGCCAUCAUAAAUGGUAAUAAACCAACAUUAGAAACAUGUGAAGCUUGUGAUUCGGUUCUAAAAUUGGGCCAAGCAUUACCGGAUAAUGAACAGAGUUUAGAAUUUCUUAAAUCAUUUGCUUGUAAAGAUUUCAAUGAAACUACUCCGUCAAUUACUGGACGUGAAUGUAUUGGUAUUAUCGAUCGACUUGGACCGGCAAUACUUUAUAUAUUGCACAAUACAAAAGUACCAAUGGAUGAAGGAUGUUCAGUGUUGAUUGGAUAUGAAUGUUCGAAAUUUCUAAAUCGUUCUUAUAGUGAAUGGACCUUUUGGGAAUUACCAAUGCCUCGGCAACGACAACAACAACAACAACAAUUUAAACUUGCUCAAAUUGAUGAUAAUGGUGGAGAGAAAAAUCGAAAAAUUCUCCAUCUAACCGAUAUUCAUCUAGAUCUUUUCUAUACAAAAGGUUCAAAUUCCAAAUGUAAUGAACCAUUAUGUUGUCGAUCAACAUCAUAUGUGGUCAAUAAUAAAAGUUAUCCAGCUGGUUAUUGGGGUGAAAUGAAUGGUGAUUGUGAUAUACCAUUAGAACUAGUUAGUGAUUCGAUUAGACAAAUUCGUGAACAACAUCCAGACAUUGAUAUGAUAUUCUGGACUGGUGAUAAUGUUCCACAUGAUGUAUGGAAUACAUCCAAAACAAUGGUAAUUGAACAUAAUAAAAUUGUGGCCAAUUUGAUCAAAGAAACAUUCGCCGGUGUUCCAGUUUUGCCUGCUUUAGGCAAUCAUGAAGCACAUCCAAUCAAUAUGUAUGUACCGAUAGAAGUGUCGGAAAAAAAUGAUAAUAAUCAUUCAAUGGAUUGGCUUUACAAUAUUAUGGCCGAUGAAAUUUGGUCCGAAUGGUUAACUGAAGAAAAUCGAAUGACAUUUAAAAAAGGUGGCUAUUAUUCACGUAUGAUCAAUAAUGAUUGGAAAGUGAUUGUAUUGAAUAGUAAUGCUGGAUAUAGAGCGAAUUUUUGGCGUGCAUACAAUCCCAUUGAUCCGGAUAAUCAACUACGAUGGUUAAUGCAAGAACUGGAUCAUGCUGAACGUACUGGUGCUUUUGUUUCGAUUCUUGGCCAUAUACCACCUAGUGAUAUGUAUGAAGGUUGGCUACAUAAUUAUAUCAUGAUUUUUGAUCGAUAUUCACAUAUAAUUACCGGUGCAUACAAUGGUCAUACACAUAAUGAUGAAUUGGCUGUCAUGUACAAUAUGCAAGGACGUCCAAUUGCUAUCAAUUAUAUUUCUGGCAGUUUAACAACAUUCUCGUUUCUGAAUCCAUCGUAUAAGAUUUUUGAAAUGAAUCCACAAGGUAAACCAUUAAAUUUUGAUGUAUUUUUUAUGGAUCUAGACCAUGAAAAUCGAAUCGUUGCACAUAAUAAUCAUAGUAAACCAAAAGAUUAUCAACCUAAAUGGUUACAUGAAUUUGAUGCUAUCGAUUCUUAUCAGAUGAAAAAUUUAUCACCAGAAGAAUGGGCUAAAUGGGUGGAUAAUGCAAUCACCGAUCUGGAUAUGGCAUAUAUCUAUUCACAACAUUAUCAUCGUCAUUCAAGAUUAUUUCCAGAUGUAAAAGAUUUGACCUUAGAUCAUAUUAUUGAAUUGGUCAAAAGUAUUAAAACAAUAUCACCGUUUUCAAAAUUACAAUUAAAAAUUAAAAAAAAAAAAUAUAAUAAUAAAUGGAUUCUGUGUGGCGCCAUCUUUCUGUUAUGUAAUGAAAUUGAUUGUAAUUUGUUUCUAAUUUAUAUCGUCAGAUGGCGAGAAUUUUUAUUAUUAUUUGAUGAAUAAAAUGAUUCGAUUUUUCAAA